GAGUUGUGUUGUGGAUUGACCCAAUUAAAUAUUGAGAAUUAAAAUCUAAAUAUAAAAUAAAAUACGACCCAUUUCCGAAUUCCGAGUCCCCAACUUAAAAUCCCAAAUUAACUUCAAAAACAUAAAAUCUUAGACUGCAGCCAACUUCCGCAGUUUGCCAUGUUCCAUGGCAAGUUUUCAUGGAAGCCAAACAACUCGAACAGAAAUAACAGAGUCGCCCUUGCACUCUCCAGCCUAUCAAGCUCUUCUGCGAGCCGGGCCGCGUCUACGACCACUUGAACAAGUCCACGCUCACCUCGUCGUCUCUGGCUCCCACCGCAGCCGGGCCCUCCUAACGAAGCUGCUCACUUUGGCUUGCAUCGCUGGUUCAAUCGUCUACGCUAGAAGGCUCUUGUUCUCUGUUCCGAGCCCUGACUCCUUCCUUUUCAAUUCCCUCUUCAAAGCCUCAUUGACUUCUGGCUUCCCUCUCGACACUGUCUCCUUCUAUCACCGCAUGCUUCGUUCUGGCAUUUGGCCGUCGACUUACACCUUCACUUCCGUGAUCAAGGCCUGUGCUGAUCUUUCGACUCUGAAACUUGGUAGGUGCGUUCACUCACAUGCAUUAGUUUGUGGGUAUGGCUCGGAUUCCUUCGUUCAGGCCUCUCUGGUUCCUCUCUAUUCAAAAUCUGGAGAAUUGGGUGUUGCCCGGAAGUUGUUUGAUAAUAUGCUGGAGAAAACGGUUGUGGCUUGGAAUUCGAUGAUUUCGGGUUACGAGCAAAAUGGGCGUUUAAGAGAAGCGAUUGGAUUGUUUUACCAAAUGCGGAAACAUGGUGUUGAUCCUGACUCGACAACGUUUGUGAGUGUUUUAUCAGCCUGUUCUCAAUUGGGAGCUCUUGGUCUUGGCUGUUGGGUGCAUGAUUAUGUUCUGAAUAAUUGUUUCUACCUAAACGUAGUGCUAGGCACUUCAUUGAUCAACAUGUAUGCUAGAUGUGGAAAUGUGAGCAAAGCAAGAGAAGUUUUUGAUUCAAUGAAUGAACGGAAUGUAAUUGCUUGGACGGCAAUGAUUUCCGGUUAUGGAAUGCAUGGUUAUGGUAGUGAAGCUAUGGAACUUUUUCAUCAGAUGAAGGCACUGGGUCCUUGCCCCAACGACAUCACAUUUGUUGCAGUUUUGUCUGCCUGCUCUCACUCUGGGCUAGUGCAGGAGGGGCGCCAUGCAUAUACAAGCAUGAGCCAAGAGUAUGGCUUAGUUCCAGGAGUGGAACAUCAUGUUUGCAUGGUCGAUAUGCUUGGCCGUGCUGGACUUCUUGACGAUGCUUACCAAUUCCUCAAAGGAAUUAUAAACAGGGAACCAGCUCCAGCAGUUUGGACUGCCAUGCUUGGUGCUUGCAAGAUGCAUAAGAAUUUCAACCUUGGAGUAGAAGUUGCCGAGCAUCUUCUUGCAGUUGAACCUGAUAAUCCUGGAUAUUAUGUGAUGCUUUCAAAUAUAUAUGCACUGGCAGGUCGGAUGGAUAGAGUGGAAACAGUUAGAAACAUGAUGAUCCAGAGACGCUUGAAGAAGCAAGUUGGGUAUAGCACAAUAGAAGUUGAUCGGAAAACCCACUUGUUUAGCAUGGGUGACAAGUCCCACUCAGAGACAAAUGAAAUAUAUGAAUAUUUGGAUGAAUUGAUGAGGCUGUGUAGGGAAGCAGGUUACAUUCCAGCACCUGAAUCGGUGAUGCAUGAAUUGGAAGAAGAAGAGAGGGAAUAUGCCCUUAGAUACCACAGUGAGAAGCUUGCAAUAGCAUUUGGGUUGUUGAAAACCAGUCAUGGUAUGGCUCUAAGGAUUGUGAAGAAUCUUAGAAUUUGUGAGGACUGCCAUUCUGCGAUAAAGUACAUCUCAGUUGUCACUGCCAGGGAAAUCAUGGUUAGGGAUAGGCUUCGGUUUCAUCAUUUCAAAGAUGGCAAAUGUUCGUGUUUGGAUUACUGGUGACUAGUUAGUUUAACAAGUUUUUGAACAAUGUUCCUUGAAAAGAAAGAUUAACUGUCCAAAGGCAGUCAGCUUUCCAGUUGCAUGUGAAGCCAAUCUCUGUGGGGCGUGCCCACAUUAUUUCAUCGCAGAUCAUACUGACACAUUCAUAUGAAAUUUAUGGCUGUCUUCAAGUCAUUUAGGUCGAACUGGACGUCCAGAAGUUUCCUGAGCUCCUUUAGGUACAUAUAUGAAAGGCACCCUUACCAAGAUGGUGGGCUGGAUAUCAGGAAACUUAUAGUGUAAGAGGGAACUAAUUACCCUGCCUCAACUAAAGAUUGGUCCAGAAUAGCUAUGCACUGUUAGCUAUUUUCCUUGGAAAUUAAAACAGGGUCUAAUCGCAUGAGCAGCCACCAGAAACAGAUCUCUAUCUUUUGUUUCAGGGAUCAAACACAGCAUUGGAAGUAGACGGUGGUGCACUUGAAGAUCAGAAUACCUCCUUGCAUGUAACUUUCAACCGUAGCAGUCAUUUAUGGAACGUUUGAAUAACCAUGUACUUGAUAUUUUUUGGUAAAAAGUAACUAUGUACCUGAUUGCUAGUAAUAAUUGUAGGAAGUUUAUCAUCUUUAUAUAUGCAAAUUGAAAAAGGUUUCAUUUUUCAGUGACA